AUGUCUCUAAUACUCAGUCAAAUCAAUAAGGAUAAUGUGAAAGUAGGCAAAGGCUGUUGUAUAGCUUUGGGAGUGCAAAUAAUAUCAGAAAUUGGUGAAAUCAUCAUUGGCGAUUACACCAUCAUAGAAGAAGGAUGCAUAAUUCGAAAUAAUCAGUUUAAGAAAAUGGUAAUUGGAUCUUAUAAUGUUUUCGAAAUUGGAUGCAAAGUUGAAAAUGCUAAUAUCGGAGAUUGUAAUGUAUUUGAGAUGAGAUGCAUAAUUGAAAGUGGAUGUACAAUUGAGAAUAAUUGCCGAUUUGGCAUCAAUUCAAGAAUUCCCCCUAAAUAGAACUUCCCUAAUUUCUCUAGAGUAUAUUACCCAUUUAAUUGUUUAAAAGUGCCUCCGUAUGAUUCAUCUUAGCAUAAAGAAGAAAUUUCAGAAUUAUGUGCUGCUCUGUUUUAGAUGGGAUCAAAGAAAUGA